UUUUCUGUUCUGUUUUUUCUUUCUUAUUUUCUUAUUUUUUAGAAUUUUCUUGAAUGAAUUUUGGAGUUUGAAAAUAUGGGGAUCAUAAAACAAGGUGUAAAGCAUAGUUCUUUGAAAUUUUCAGGGGAUUUUCUGUUUUAAACAUCUGAUUCUUGGUUGGUAAUGCUUUGUUUGGCUUAACUAAAACUAGAUAAAGGGGGAAUGAAAAUGAUGAUAGCUUGGUUGAAUCUUGUAAUUUUCCAAAUUAGUAGUAUUUUUCUCAUAAAGUUGGCUGCUCAAAACAUGUAAGGAUCCUCCUGUUUUGAGCAAAAGCUGGCUUUCUGAAACAUAAAUCCAUAACAUCUAUAAAUUGUUACCUUGUAAAAAAAAGAACUAUUGGCCUCUGCUUUUUCUCAUACUUGUUAUGAUGAUAAGUCAAACCUUAUGAAGUUGUGAUUUUGGCAGUUAUUUCCUGAUUCAUGUGUAAAACUUUGUUAUACAAAUUCCAAAUCCAAAAUUGUGUUUUUUCAUUUGAAUGGUUGAGCAUAUCCAGUUAUUGCUCGUCGAUGUUGGGGUUUAAUGGAAUAAGAAAAAGCAAGGGCAAAAGUUGGUCAAUUUUUCAAGAAAGCUUAAAGAAUGUAGUUUUGGAAGACAGCUUAAAGAUUAUGCUUCUCUUCAUCCUCACUUAUUCUAGUUUGUCUGAACCUGUGAUUUAAGUGUAAAUGCUUCAAACUUUGUAAGAGAUUCUGUGUUAUCUCUUUGUUGUAAAUAGCAGUAAAAAAUGAAAGUGUGACAGUAUCCUUUAUCCUUCGAGUUCUAUCUACUCUUCAGUGUCUUCUAUCGGUUAUAUUUCUCUUGCAAUUCGAGCUCAUAGUUUGCAACAAUAUACGUGCCCUUAGUAUAUGAAGCACACAGUUAACAUACCGUGAUGUUGGCUGAGGGAGGCGAUCGUUUCUUAGUGGCUGACUCUGGUGCUCAUGUAGUUGGUAACUCCAGUCUAGACGGUGGUAUAGUGUAUUAAAGUAGCAUAGCGGUUUUCUUACAUUCAGUGUAAAGCUUCUGGAGCACGGGAUUCAAAGAGGAUGAUAAGCUUCUCCCAGAAAGGUGUCUGUGGAAAAGAAGGUCAAUCUUUCACUCCUUUGUUUGUGAAUUGUUCAUCUAUGUGGAGCUCGGGUGAACAACCAGAAAAUGCUCCUUCUAAGAGUGUCCUGACUGGAGCGGAAUCUGCAUCGAAAUGUCACUUCAAUAUCAAGCAAUCAGAAUCCCAAUAUCAAGAUCAGGAUUCAACUUCUACUCUGUCAACUGGUCAAUCUGAUCAUGUGGAGACCCCAAUGGCAAAAAGCAAUACUGUUCUGCAAAAUGUUGCGCUUCAUCCAGGUUGGGAUGGAAUUUAUGAGGUGCAAGGAGAGAGAGGAACAAAAGCAUCCCUAUCAGGCAAAAAUGCCACCAACACUCUCCCUCAACCGCAUGUGCACCAUAAUCAUCCAAUGGCUUGCCUAUCCUACCCUUGGGCUGACACUUACUUUGGAAGGCUCGUGGCUACUUAUGGAUCAAAUGUCAUCAUUUAUCCUCAAAUGGUUGGUGUCACCUCCACAAGAGUUGCACUUCCUCUUGAAUGCACAGAGAGCUUGCCCAUUUACGUGAAUGCGAAACAGUACAGUGCUAUCCUCAAAAGACGUCAAGUCCGUGCCAAGCUGGAGGUUCAGAAUAAGCUUGUCAAAGACAGAAAGCCAUAUCUUCACGAGUCUCGACAUCGUCACGCAAUGAAGAGAGCUAGGGGUACUGGAGGGCGUUUUUUGAACACACAGAAUAUGCAGCAAUCUAAGCCUUCAUCUCCAACGCACGAUAAAAGCAUCUUUAAGGGGACGGCAGGUGGCAACUUAACUAGAUCCAUGGUUCAGCACUCAGAGAGUGGUAGUUGGGGCACUUCCACCCAAUCUGGUUCUGAUGUUACGAGCAUCUUCAGUGGUGAUGACAUGUUCCAGCAGCCAGAAUUCAGAGUCUCUGGUUUCCCUUUUCACAUGCAGGAAGCUGAAGACUUCAUGCAUGUUGGAACUUAACAACACGUUGUGUUAUCCAUUGGUGACGGUGCCAACACAGACUGCAUUACAAAAUGCAUUCUUAUUGGUUGCACUCAGAUGGAUAAUCGGCAGUUCAUCCUUGGCUAUGCUACUCUUUUCUUUUCCAGAACUGAAAUCGUUUACUGCACUUUUUCCUAGGGGUUGGUCGUCCAUAUGAUAUAUGUGGUUCAUGGUUUGUGAUGAAUAAAACGCAGGUUGGUUCUCCACGUCAUCACGAAGGGCAAUGAGAGAAGUCAAACCAUUAGACUGUUUUUAAUCAGAAACUGUGGAGAUUAAGGCAGUUUUCUCCAUUUCUUGGUGGAGCGGCGUGUGGAUCAUUCUGCACUUCUAAGUCUGCUUGCUACUGUUUUUCAUUUCCUGUUGCUUUGUAUUACUCUCAUUGUUAGUGCUUUUGACUUGGGCUUUGUGUGCAACAAGAUAAACUUAUUGAACCAUUUUCAUACUUUGUACAUUUACUUCUGUGCUUGUGCAACAUGCAUUAUUUCAUGA